AUGACAACCGUCGAUCACGAAAAUACUAUACAUAAGCCAAAAAGCGAUGGAUGGACACCACUCUAUGCUGCGUCAAGCAAUGGAUAUCUCGAGGUCGUCAAGUUUCUGUACACUCAUGGAGCGGAUUCUGACAUCCAUACUCCUAAUAAUGAAGGCUGGACACCUAUCAAUGUGGCGUCAAGCAAUGAAAAUCUCGAUGUCGUCAAGUUUCUGUACACUCAUGGAGCAUAUACCGACAUUCAUACGCCUAAUAAUGAAGGCUGGACACCACUAUAUACUGCGUCAAGCAAUGGAAAUCUUAAAGUCGUUGAGUUUCUGUAUGAGCAUGGCGCAGAUACCGAUGUUCAUCAGCCAACGAAGUAUGGCCGGACUCCAUUAGCUACAGCAUCUGAUUUGGGGCAUCUCGAAGUCGUCAAGUUUCUGUACGAGCAUGGAGCUAGCGUCGAAGCGGAGGACACCUGUGGACGAACGCCACUUUUUCUUGCAUCUGUGAGAGGCCAUGUGGAAAUCCUGCAUAAACUUUUCUCUUGUAGCGCUGCGGUCGAUACGAAGGACCGGUAUAGGUCAAUCCCACUCUUUACAGCUGUAAUAAAUGGGCAUCAGUUGGCCGUUGAUUGGUUCCUUGAUAUUCAGGGUGCUUCCCUCCAGUUGAAAGACGGCUUUGGUCACACCUUACUCUGGUGGGCUAAAAGAUGUGGGGAAACUGGAGUUGCCGAUGCCCUCAUCCAAUUUGCUGAAAUAAGAGGUAUCGAAGUAUGCGAGGAUGAUUUAGCUGUGGAGCCUAGUUUGAUGUCGAUAGGUGAAACUACUGGGCGUUGCGAUGCAUGCACUCGAUUAAUGUCCGCUUCAAGGGCCUCUCAUCAUUGCCAUAUCUGUAAUGCUAACAACUUCGAUAUUUGUCUGGAGUGCUUUGAGAUGGGUGCACGUUGUCUGAAUGAUUCUCACGAGUUAGUUUUGCAUCAGCCUACAGUUUCUUUGUAG